GUCAAAAGAUUGUUAGACAGUGAAGGAGAAGUUCUGUAUUACAUAAACGAUGAAGGAGAGACCAUUGGAAUGGCCAAGGUGAAGAGCAUGUGGUAUGUCAUGAUGAGAGCUUUGAGAGAGAAAGCCAUCUUCUGUUUUCUGGGGGCGAAGCGAAGGCAAAACUGGUCUUUGGAGAGUAUGAUCAGACUGAUGAAGAAACGCUUUGACGAGAUUCAGGAAUGGCUAAACAUCUCUGAUGAAUACCUUAAUAAGUGGAAGAACCUGGGUGAAUUAUUCCUAAAAUGGUUGGAAAAGGAAAUAGAAGAGAAGAGAGUGUCAGAGAGAAAUAUUCAGCCCCAGUUCCCGAUACUUUGGAAAAGAUUCCUGAGAGAUGCAGAUGAAACAGAUGCUUUUAUUUCUUCUUAAGUAUUUGAUGAUACUUGGUAGGUCGACUUUUCAAAUGACUCUGUUAUUGAAGCUUUACACCUGCUUUAUAUAUCUGAACAGUGCUUCGCUGAGGAACAGUAGUAAGGGCUGGAGAUCUCACAGUGGUGCAAGAGGGACUAUCUAUUUCCGUUAGGUAUUUUCGUUUGUUGUACCCUGUGAUCAUAGGUUUUGAUAGCACUUAUGUUGUUGAUUCUAGGAAUGCAUUUACAUUCCACUUCUGUUUUGUUUAAUUGGCAGUUUUGCACAUACAAUGGUCUACAAGCACUUUAUCACCAAAAACUUAAUUAAUAGGCCUCCCAGAUGUAUCCUGUGUAUCCUAUUUCAUGUAUUUCUGGUAAAAGAGUUCAUGGUCUUAUUACCAUUAUCAUUGUUGUUAUUAUUGUAAUCAUGAUUAUUGUUGAUAGUGGUGGUGUUUGUUGUUUGUUGGUGUUAUUAUCCUCAAUAUUGUUAUCAUCAUCAUCAUCAUCAUCAAUAUCAUCAGCUUCAUCAUCAACCUCAGCUUUAUCAUCAAUAUCAACAUCAUCAUCAUCAACAUC